GGAGCAGUGGGUGGUUAUAACUCAGGCCUGGUGCCCAGAGCCCAGGAGGAGACGGCCAGGAAGGCACAGGCCUGAGAAGUCUGCGGCUGAGCUGGGAGCAAAUCCCCCACCCCCUACCUGGGGGACAGGGCAGUGCCUGGGUCUCAGCACAGUGCUGAUGGUGGCCCGUCCUUGUGGUUCCUCUCUACCUGGGGAAAUAAGGUGCAGCAGCCAUGGCUACAGCAAGACCCCCCUGGAUGUGGGUUCUCUGUGCUCUGAUCACAGCCUUGCUUCUGGGGGCUACAGAGCAUGUUCUCGCCAACAAUGAUGUCUCCUGUGACAACCCCUCUAACACCGUGCCCUCUGGGAGCAACCAGGACCCGGGAGCUGGGGCCGAGGAAGACGCCCGGUCGGAUGACAGCAGCAGCCGCAUCAUCAAUGGGUCCGACUGUGAUGAGCACACUCAGCCGUGGCAGGCUGCGCUGUUGCUAAGGCCCAACCAGCUCUACUGCGGGGCGGUGUUGGUGCAUCCACAGUGGCUGCUCACGGCCGCCCACUGCAGGAAAAAAGUUUUCAGAGUCCGUCUCGGCCACUACUCCCUGUCACCAGUUUAUGAAUCUGGGCAGCAGAUGUUCCAGGGGAUCAAAUCCAUCCCCCACCCUGGCUACUCCCACCCUAGCCAUUCUAAUGACCUCAUGCUCAUCAAACUGAACAGAAGAAUUCGUUCCACUAAAGAUGUCAGACCCAUCAACGUCUCCUCUCAUUGUCCCUCUGCUGGGACAAAGUGCUUGGUAUCUGGCUGGGGAACAACCAAGAGCCCCCAAGUGCACUUCCCUAAGGUCCUCCAGUGCUUGAACAUCAGUGUGCUAAGUCAGAAAAGGUGCAAGGAUGCCUACCCGAGACAGAUAGAUGACACCAUGUUCUGCGCCGGUGACAAAGCAGGUAGAGACUCCUGCCAGGGUGAUUCUGGGGGGCCUGUGGUCUGCAACGGCUCCCUGCAGGGACUCGUGUCCUGGGGAGAUUACCCAUGUGCCAAGCCCAACAGACCGGGUGUCUACACCAACCUCUGCAAGUUCACUAAGUGGAUCCAGGAAACCAUCCAGGCCAACUCCUGAGUCAUCCCAGGACUCAGCACACCAGCAUCCCCACCUGCUGCAGGGACAGCCCUGACACUCCUUUCAGAACCUCAUUACUUCCCAGAGAUGUUGAGAAUGUUCAUCUCUCCAGCCCCUGACCCCAUGUCUCCUGGACUCAGAGUCCGCUUCCCCCACAGUGGGCUGACCCUGUCUCUCUAGUUGAACCCUGGGAAUAAUUUCCAAAACUGUCCAGGGCGGGGGUUGCAUCUCAACCUCCCUGGGGCACUUUCAUCCUCAAGCUCAGGGCCCAUCCCUUCUCUGCAGCUCUGACCCAAAUUUAGUCCCAGAAAUAAACUGAGAAGUGGAAUCUU